AUGUUGCCUACCGCCGCUCGACGAUCUCUCGCUGGUCUGAUCCCACCAAAGAUCGCUACCCCCGGUGCGGUUUCCUCAGGAACAACAUCAGCUAGAACCGCUCAAGUUAUCGAUUUCUACUCGAAACUUCCCAAAGGUCCUAAGCCCGCUUCGGAACGACCAGGUGGUUUGAGAGGUAGAUACUUUGAGGGAAAGAACGCUUCUGGUAAACCCAUCCUCGCUACCGUCGGUAUCCUCUUCCUCAUUGGUUACACCAUCGACUACAACAUGCACCUCAAACACCACAAAUCCGGCCACCAUUAG